AAGAAGGGGACUUUGUUCCUAGGGCAGUAUAAAAGUAGAUCUGGCACAACUGGCACCAGCACUCUUAACCUGGAAAUCUGGUGAUAUACUUUCUUAUUAUAAAACUCCGCAGAUUGUUUGACACAAUGGCGGCUUCUGUGUUGUUGGUUUGUCUGUUCGUGGGUUUGGUCAGUGGUCAGAUGAUGAUGACCAGUGACAGCGGGAUGGGUCCGGACAUGGCCACGGACGACAUGGGUGGUCAGACGGACGAGGUGGCGACAGGGUUACCAGAUGCCACAAUGAUGGAGAUGAGCACCACCACCACCAUGACUCCAACAACCGAAAAAGCAUGCUCUGACGCACUUGGUCGGGAGUGUUUCCGGUACAAAGAUGAAGACUGCGUUGGUGUGUAUGAGACCUGGGCCAGGGCUAACUGCAGUCUGCGAUGUGGAUAUUGCCCACAGAAGUUACCCUGUGUGAACAACAUUAACUACUGCAAUCAGCUUGGAGCAGAUACCUGUCAACAGGAAGUAUAUGGACAAUACAUGAGGGAAAACUGUAGAAAGACCUGCAACUUCUGUAGAGCUCCAACUGAGUACCUGGUCUCUAGUACCACCAGUACAACAACACCAGUACCAACAUCACCAACAACAACGUAUAACCCAGUUGCUGAAUGGUGCAAUGACACAACCAACUGUUGGUAUUACCCUGAUGAGAAGUGUACAGGACUGUAUGAGGGCUGGGCCAGGAGGAACUGUCCAUACCGAUGUGGAUAUUGUCCAGGUUACCUACCCCCUUGUGUGGAUCUAGACUCAAGUUGUGACGCUUUCCCAGAAGAAGCCUGUAAAAACCUAACAUACAGAGCCUACAUGAGACAAAACUGUAGGGCAAGAUGCAAAGAGUGUUACUACCCAGGACAGGACCUUGCACCGAACACACUGCCUUAUCCUGUAACUACCACCACCUCCACCACCGUCAUCACCCCCAACCCAGGAACAGGUGGUGCUAAGCCCACAGUGGAUGUGGAGCCACCGAAACCUAACACUGGAAUGCCUCCCACCACCACCCAGAGAGUACUACCCACAGGGAAAGAUUGUAAGGACAAACAAGAUUGCUCAGGAUUAUCUUCAGAAGCUUGUAUCGGGGUGUUUAAGAACUGGGCCCUGGAUAACUGCCCCAGGACCUGUGGUUACUGUACAGGUGAUGUCCAGGAAUGCCGAGACUAUGAGGAAUGUGACAAGCUGCCAGACACUGUCUGUACCGACCCCACGUACCGAGCCAUUGCGAAUACUGCAUGCCGAAAAUUCUGUAAACUCUGCACAGCAAUGGCCGUCCCCACUAAGCCUGUUGUUAUGGGAACAACAGAGGCCAUGAUGGUACCAACCAAAUCUGCAGGUUCGGGAUCAGUUACAGAGGACCAGACACCAUCAGAACAACCCUCCUCAGAGUUCGUCUCCAUGCCAACCAAAUUAGCAGGUUCUGAGGCCAUGACACCUUCAGGAAAAACUCAUUCCACCCACACCCAUAAACCCCAUUCAACCCAUACCCAAAAACCUCAUGAUUCCCACGGACACGGAGGGAAAACAUUGCCUACCCUCUUCCCCCCAGUCCCAACAGGAGACGCUUGUAAAGACAACCCCGAUGUGAACUGUACACAGUACACACAAAAGUCGUGUGAGGGGGCAUACAAGGCCUGGGCCAUCAUUAACUGUCCCAUCCACUGCGGGUACUGUGGGGCUAAAUGUGACAAAAAUUUCCAGAUGACUAUCCCAUCAUGCUGCAGUGAUCUGUGUAGCUGUCCGGAUCACAUCCUGACCGGAAACGUACGUGAUGCAACAGCAGGAAACGCUCCAAUGGCCAACGUUUCCGUGUAUCUCCGUAGCUGCUCCUGCCAGCCCUUGACGACCACAGCUGAUGACGGAAGCUAUCAAAUCAAAGGCGUUUGUCUGAAGGAAGGGGGUGUGGCUCGAUUUGAAUAUCCCGGUUACGCGUCAUUCCUCAGGGACAUUACAGACCCCCAAAACAACAACAAUUUCAUCGCAAAUGGAGAUAUGGCUCCUUUGGUAGAAACUACAUCAGUAUCGGGAAUGACAUCACAAGGGGGCAGUUAGAAGUUCUAUAACAUUUCUCUUAGCUAAUUAAUGUAAAAUUAAUUACUUUGUUACAAUAUCUUACGUGUUCAGACAAAGUUAGGGGUUUGGGUUCUAUAGCUAGGAUAAUUUACAAUUGUAAAUUCAAUCAGUGAAUUGAACUAUAGUUGUAUACUUUUGUAAUUUUUUGAUGCUUUUUUUCACAACAUUGUAAUUUUGU